AUGUGGAGCAAACAAAGAUUAACCUUUGUGGUGGUUGGUAUUCUCUUCCAUUUUUUUUAUCUAUGGUCUAUUUUUGACAUAUAUUUCGUGUCGCCUUUGGUGCAUGGAAUGAGGACUCACAAAAGUACUGACCAGCCGCCAGCCAAGCGUCUAUUCCUAGUAGUAGGUGAUGGUUUAAGGGCUGAUACAACUUUCGAGAAUAUCACACAUCCAACGACGGGUGAAACGGGGCAUCUUGCGCCGUACAUCAGAUCUUUGGUGGAGAAUAAUGCUACUUACGGGGUCUCUCACACCAGAAUGCCUACAGAGUCGCGGCCAGGUCAUGUUGCAAUGAUUGCUGGUUUUUACGAAGACGUGAGCGCCGUAACGAAAGGAUGGAAGGAAAACCCAGUCGAUUUUGACAGUUUCUUCAAUCAGUCGACUCACACGUAUUCGUUUGGGUCACCAGAUAUUCUUCCUAUGUUCAAAGAUGGGGCUUCAGAUCCUACUAGAGUGGAUGCCUGGAUGUAUGGUCACGAGUUUGAAGAUUUCACUCAAUCUUCAAUUGAGUUGGACGCUUUCGUCUUCAAAAAUCUAGAUAGCCUGUUCUACAACUCUACCGUGGACUCAAAACUACAUGAGGAGAUCAUGCAGCAAGGCAAUGUUUUUUUCCUUCAUCUACUGGGCUGCGAUACUGCCGGUCAUUCAUACCGCCCAUAUUCUGCUGAGUAUUAUGACAAUGUCAAGUAUAUCGACCAGCAGUUAGAGAAGCUGGUACCUAAAGUUAACAAAUUUUUUGACGAUGAAGACACCGCCUUUAUUUUUACGGCAGACCACGGAAUGAGUGCGUUUGGAUCGCAUGGCGAUGGCCAUCCCAAUAACACGAGAACUCCCCUAGUGGCGUGGGGUCCUGGCAUCAAGAAGCCAGUGAUGAAUGAGGUACCGGUUUACGAUAACUAUACGCAAGGUUGGAACUUGUCGCAGAUAAAGAGAAAUGACGUGAAGCAAGCUGAUAUUGCAUCGUUCAUGUCUUACUUGAUUGGCGCAAACUAUCCAGUUAAUUCUGUAGGCGAAUUGCCACUAGCCUAUAUUGACGAUUCCGAGGAGAAUAAGUUGAAAGCACUUUACGCUAACGCCAGAAGCAUAUUGGAACAGUACUUGGUGAAGGAAGAGGAGAUUAUUUUCUCUCAAUUUCAUUACAAACAGUAUCAUAAGUUUGCGCAGAAAUCACCUUCCAUGUAUCAAGAACAAAUUGAGGAUCUCAUAGUCAAAGUGCAGUCAGGAGAUGUAGAGUCAGAACAAUCUGCCAUCAAGAUAACGGAAGAAUUGAUGACAGUUACUUUAGAAGGUCUCUACUAUCUCACAACAUACAACAGACAGUUCACCAGAACUAUUGUGACCCUCGGCUUUGUCGGAUGGAUCACCUACUCAUUCAUUUUGUUUCUGAGAUUAUUCAUCUUAACUAAGGAGUACUCAUUAAAAGCAUCGUACACCAAUUAUGUGGCUUUCGGCAUUCUAUCAGUUGUAUUGAACUACGUUCUCUACUACCAGAAGUCUCCUUUCAACUUUUACAUGUAUUUGAUGUUUCCACUGUUCUUUUGGAGCCAAAUCUUCAAAAGCAAAGUCAUUUUAGAUGAUGGUCUGGGCGAGUUCUUCAAAGGUAUCUCUCGUGGCAAAAAAAUUGGCAUUGUUGUUGUGGUUCUUGCCGUCUAUGAGAGUAUCGUCUAUGGGUUCUUCAAUCGAUGGAUCUUUACCGCAAAUUUUAUUGCCCUCGGGUUUUAUCCAUUAGCCUGUGGCAUCAAAAGUGUCAACAAAAAUUUGUUUUGGAUGAUCACUAGUGUUUGUAUCUCCGUAUUCACCUUGUUCGACGCAGUCAAAGUUGAAAGUUUGAACCAGAUCAACAUAGCUAGUGCCCUGAUAAUCCUAAGCGGGUGCUGGGCUAUCCGUUAUGUUCGCCCAAAUAUUAAGAGCCAUACUUUCAAAAUAUUAGUGGGCCAAGUCGCACUAAUUGUCGCCAUGGUCGCCAUCACGAACAGAUCCGUUAACUCCUUGCAGAACAGGGAGGGUUUACCCCGGGUUGCACAGCUUGCGGGAUGGUUCGUGUUUGUGUUGUCCAUGGUGGUGAUGCCCUUGGGUCACUAUUUGAAGCCCAACAAUGAUUAUAGAGUUCGGAUGCUUGUGAUAUACCUAACGUUUGCUCCGGCCUUCAUCAUACUCACGAUUUCAUUCGAGUCGUUUUUCUACUUUUUCUUUACUGCAUACAUCGUUCAGUGGAUCGAGAUAGAAACCGAAAUAAAGACCCAAAAGAACAACCUGGCUGGUCCUGGCAACUGGCUGCAACUGCUGCGGGUUUCUGUCAUUGGUUUUUUUCUCAUGCAGAUUGCAUUUUUCGGUACCGGUAAUGUGGCUUCGAUCUCGUCGUUUUCGCUUGACUCCGUUUACCGCUUGAUGCCGGUUUUUGAUCCGUUCCCUAUGGGUGCGCUCCUGGUGAUCAAGCUGAUUCUGCCUUUCAUCACGCUGUCCACAGGUCUCGGCAUUCUGAACUUGAAGUUGCAGAUCAAGGACUACAGCAUUUCGUCGCUCAUAAUCUGUACCAGUGACAUCUUAUCCCUGCAGUUUUUCUUCUUGCUAAAGACUGAGGGCAGCUGGCUGGACAUAGGUGUCACGAUCUCGAAUUACUGCUUGGCAAUUCUUUCCUCACUCACCAUGUUGCUGCUGGAAUUUAUAAGCCAUGUUCUACUGAGAAACGUCACACUCAAUGCAACAGACAAGACUAAAAAGCAGCAAUGA